GUUUCUUUUGGUUUCGUUUCUAACAGAAUAAGGGAGAAAAUGGAACAAAACCUGAGCAGAAGUCCACGUGCCACGUUGCGAUUGGCCAUCAGCAGCCUUUAUAUAAAGCAGACUGAUGUAGGAUCAUUACUUUAACUGGACCAGAUGGGACCGUUCACUUUCAUGAGCGAGGAACCAACCCUGGAACAAUGAGUCUGAAAGCAAAGAAGAAAGCUCGGACUUCUUUUGGGGCCACAGCACCGCCCUUCAUUGACUACUUGAAAGAUAUUCUACGUCGAUAUCCAGAUGGAGGACAAAUUUUGAAGGAACUGAUUCAAAAUGCAGAUGAUGCUCAAGCCACAAAAGUGGUUUUCAUCCAUGAUGAGCGAAGCUAUGGGACUGAGAGCCUUUGGACUGAAGAACUGGGAAAAUAUCAAGGUCCUGCUCUCUAUGCCUACAACAAUGCCGCAUUCACUGAGGACGACUGGGGAGGAAUUCAGAUGGCUGGAAGGAGUGUCAAGCGUGACGACCCGAACAAAGUCGGGAGGUUUGGAAUCGGCUUCAACUCUGUUUACCACAUAACAGAUGUGCCAAGUAUAUUCAGUUCAGAGCAUCUUGGCAUGAUGGAUCCCCAAGAAAAAGUAUUUGGAGAGAGAAAUGGAGGGUUUCGGUGGUCUUUGGAUGAUGCUGAACACCAAGAAGUUCUGUUGAAUAUGAGUGAUCAGUUUCAACCAUUUAGAGAUAUAGUCUCACUUGUAUGUGAACAUGGAUGGUCAAAAGUUGUCAUGGAGGAUCAGCACUUCAGUGGGACAAUUUUUAGAUUUCCUCUACGCAAUGAAGCAUCAGAGAUUUCUGAUAAUCUGUAUGACUCAGAUAAAGUGGUUGAGCUUUUUGAUAGCUUCAUUGCAGAUGCAGAUUUGAGCCUCCUCUUCUUGAAAAAUGUCACCUCCGUGUCCUUGUUACAUAUUAGUGAAGAUGGAGCUGUUAACACCAGACUUGAAGUUCAAUCUUCAGUCCCCACAGAUGGUGUUUUGGAGCCAGAAGAGGAGUCAGUCACUGAGGGUCUAACAAGGUUCAAAGUUAUAACUGUGAGUUCAGAAGACCAAAAAGAGACAAAGUGGCUUCUGACAACAUGUACCAUGAAAGAGGGCGUUGCAGAAGAUCUCGAUUUGCUUACAAAGAAGUUGAGCUUUUUACCUCAAGUUGACCUGGCAUUCCCCUGUGGUGAGAAGAGAGACUGUAGCCAGAGCAGACUGAGCUGCUUUCUCCCCCUUCCAAACAAUGAAUCCAAUAAGACAGGACUCCCAGUUUAUGUCAAUGCAUGCUUUGGCCUCACAGACAAUAGAAGACACAUCAAAUGGCAAGAGGAAGACCAGAGACAUGAUGAACAUGCAUUGUGGAAUGAAAUGCUGAUGAAGAAGGUGUUUCCACAAGCAUACAUCAAGAUCAUUCAAGAUGCCAUUAAACUUGCCCAAAAAUCUAUCCUCCCUGUUUCCUCUGUGUACAAUCUGUGGCCAGAUCUCACUCAGAUACAACACAAAGACAAAUGGCAUGCUCUCACUCUGGAUGUUUUUCAUCACUUAUUCAGACAGAACGUGGCCAUCCUCUCUCUUGCUAAAGAUGAAAGACAGUUUAUCUCUCCAUCAGAAGCUGUUUUCCCCUGCAAUGGCCCAACAAGCACCAACAUAUUGUCUGCCAUUAAAAGGGCUUUAGUGUCAUGUGGAGAAAAUCUUGUCACUUUACCAGCUAGUGUUGCGAAUGCUAUAAAUGAGGCCUACCCAAACCCUACUACCCUAAAACAUGUGACUCCAGCAUUCCUCAGGGACAUUCUCCACAGGACCGGUGUGGAUAACAUCACCAAAGAUGACAAACUCAGUCUUUUGGAGUACAUUUUGGGUGAUAAACAAUACAAAGAACUUGAGGGUCUUCACCUCCUUCCACUCAGUGAUGGCUCUUUCAGAUCUUUCACAUACAGAGAGGAAGACACUGCUUUGAUUGACAGCCAUGAAUUUCCAAGAGUCUUGCUGCCAUUCUGUAAACCCUUCUUCAUCCCACAUGAUCUGACUCCAGCCUGCGGUGCCCAUCUGAAAGAACUGGCCAGAAGAAAUUUCUUCAAGGUCACCAACAUUGAUGCAUCCCAUGUGGCUGAAUAUGCAAGACGAUAUUUGCCACCAGACUGGAAGCAGACAGGGAAGAACCUUGUUACAUGGGACAACAACAACAGUCAGCAUCCACCUUUAGACUGGUUCCAAGAAUUCUGGAGGUUUCUCAACAGUCAUUUUAACGAGUUAAGUCCUUUCACUGACAUACCUCUAAUACCAGUUAGUCCUCUGUCUGGCAGUCAGACUGUAUCAGUAGCAAAACUACAGCAGAGCACAACCCUGAUCUUUCAGAAAAGUAAACAGCUGAAUUUGCCAGACGGAAUAGCUCAUCUGGUGAACAAAGUUGGUGGCACAGUGGUGAGAGGAAAUGAGUGGCUCAAGCAUGAAGACCUUGACUCGUACGUGCUGUGCCCAUCUCCAAGGAGUGUUUUGAAGGUCUUGAUGAAUUUAGAUUUCCAGUAUCUUGUCACAGAACUCACAUCUGCCUCUCACACAGCACGCAAUGAACUAAAAGAUUAUCUUUCUUAUCUGGAUUCUCUCUCAAAAACAGAGAAAGAUUUUCUGUUGAAGUUGCCUUUGUUUCAAACCAUGAAAGGAUUCAGUGUUGCAGCUCAAUCAAAACAAGCUGUGCUUCUGAUCUCAGGCCUAACAGUACCAACAGAGCUCCCUAUGCCUGAUUCCAUAAUCCAGUGUUCUACUGAGACUGACCGCAGACUGUUACAGCUGCUCAAAGUUCAUCUCUUGGACACCGCUGAAGCAGCCAAUGUUCUUGUUGACAGCAUAAGGAAAGGCGCUUGUAGCAAGUACGAUGAAGACAGUGACAUCUUCAAAGAGCUCAUCCAGAAUGCAGAGGAUGCUGGGGCAGAUGUUUGCAAGUUCUUGGUGGAUUUCAGAGUACACAGAGAUGCCCCUGAAAGCCUGAUUGACCCUGACAUGGCUCUUUAUUUGUUCAACCUACCUAAAAGCAACAGUAUUUUUCUCAAGUUCAACUCUGAGAACUACACACUGUCAGAAACACUCAACAUUCAGGUCCUGGAUGAUUUGCAGUAUUUCAUGAAGUUCAUUCUGCCUGCUGUACACCAACUCACAGAGACACAGAUUCUUCACAGCCUCAAGCUGUUGCUGUUACUACAUUACUCUUCAGAGGACAAGAAAACUAUCAUCUCCUCACUAAAGACGGUGAAACUGAUUCGCAGUUCUCAAGUAGAUGGUAAAUUAUACCCAUCAUCCACACUCUGCUACAACGACACAGUGUUUGAGACCAAAAGGUUGGAAGAAGCACUGGAGAACAAGUUCCUGCUGCUUGAGAAACUCGUGCUGGGACAACUCCUCAUGUGUGACGAUCUGCAAGAUGUUCGGAAAACUCUGGCUAAAAAUCAGAUCCGUGACAGUGCUGAAACUGAAAGUUCCUCUUUUAGUCCAGCAGCCCCUGGGACAGAAAUUCCAGGAGAAUGGCAUGAUUGUUUGGACAUGAAUGUCCUCAACAACUUUGAAGAGGGGGAAUAUGUUGGCUACAGCAUUGAUGACAAGUACAUUUAUACAGUUAUUGUUGAAGAACUGCCUGGUCACAAUGGACGAUAUUCAUGGAGAUACAAAGUAGAUAUUGGAGAAGAUGAGCCCAUUGAAGUCAGCUGUGUUGAUCUGUUUCAGUUUAAACGAGAAAAGAAGGUAAAAACAGAAAGGAGGAAAUGCAUGGAGCCAGAACCACAGAAGAAGAUGCUAAAACCAGAAGAAAACACUUGCAUGGAGCUGGAACCACUGACAGGAGCUGGGCCACAUUCUUCUGAACGAUCAACAAAUUCCUUACCAGCCUCUGUUGAGGAAGCUGAAAGGGAAAUUGAUAAAUGUCUGGCACAGAUCUGGAGGCUUCCUGAGGAGGAGAGGCACAAAGCCAUCAAGAGACUGUACCUCAGGUGGCACCCUGACAAAAAUCCGGAUUGCCAGUCUCUCGCCAAUGAGGCAUUCAAAUAUUUACAGAAUCGAAUUGAUGAGCUCAGCAAACCCAAAGCUGGAGACUCGUCCUUUUCAAGCAGAAAUACAAAUUUCAGAGGCUUCUAUGAAAAGUGGAAUCAGGAGGCCAGGUAUCACAGAAAUAGUCGAGAGAGGUUCUCUAGAGGUUAUAGAGGUUUCCAUUCCUACAACUUCUGGACCCACAAUGAAAAUGUCCCAAGGCCAGACAGAGAAGAGGCCAGACGCUGGUGUAGACAGGCUCGCUGUGAUCUCAAUGCAGCUCACAAAGACACUGGUGGAGGGAGCACAGAGUGGUGUCUGUUUAAGGUCCAUCAAGCAGUGGAAAAGUCUCUCAUAGCAGCAUGCUAUAAAAGAAAUGGACAACACCCCAACAGCAGCUCAGUUUCAGUCACUGCUGCACAAGUUUCCCGCUACAGCCCCCAACUGAGAGAUCUGCCUGAGAUUGUGAAAAACCUGCAGACACUCGGGGUGGAUCCCAAAAGGACUCAAUAUCCCAACUGCCAUCCAUAUCCCCACAUACCGAACGGACAAUUCAGAUCAGAGAAUGAAAUGCUGGCACUGAACAAGGCAUCUGAGCUCCUUAAUAAAAUAGAAGCAUAUGUGAAUUAA